AUGUCGAACAACGAGGAGUAUGAUGAGUCCGCCAACAUGGAGGACGAUAGCGGGAUUCCAAACCCAGGCGCCCCAACACCACUUUCUGCUCUAGAGGGCGUUGCCGGGCUUACCAAACGUGACAUCCAAUUGAUUGUUGAUGGAGGCUUCAACACUGUCGAAUCCGUCGCCUAUACCCCCCGUAGGGUACUGGAGCAGAUCAAGGGAAUUUCGGAGCAGAAGGCAGGGAAAAUAUUGGCAGAAGCCUCCAAACUUGUGCCCAUGGGUUUUACUACUGCGACGGAGAUGCACCAGCGCCGCAGCGAACUUAUUUCCAUCACAACUGGCUCCAAAAACUUGGACACACUAUUGGCUGGUGGUAUCGAGACCGGCAGUGUCACCGAAAUCUUUGGAGAGUUCAGAACAGGAAAAUCGCAGAUCUGCCAUACUCUUGCGGUGACAUGUCAGCUUCCCUUCGACAUGGGAGGUGGCGAGGGAAAAUGUCUCUACAUCGACACGGAAGGCACGUUCCGUCCUGUUCGUCUCCUUGCGGUGGCCAACCGAUACGGUCUAUCAGGAGAAGAAGUUCUCGACAACGUCGCCUACGCAAGAGCCUAUAACUCGGACCAUCAGCUGCAGCUCCUGAACCAGGCCGCAGCCAUGAUGUGUGAGACUCGCUUCAGUCUGUUGAUUGUCGACUCCGCGACCUCGCUCUACAGAACGGACUUCUUGGGCCGUGGCGAACUCAGUUCUCGCCAAACCCAUCUCGCAAAGUUCAUGCGCACUCUUCAGCGUCUUGCCGACGAGUUCGGUAUUGCGGUGGUGAUUACGAACCAGGUCGUGGCGCAGGUCGACGGUGGCCCGUCUGCCAUGUUCAAUCCCGACCCCAAGAAACCAAUCGGUGGCAACAUCAUUGCGCACGCCAGUACCACUCGCAUCAGCUUGAAGAAGGGUCGUGGAGAGACGAGAAUCGCGAAGAUCUACGACAGCCCGUGCUUACCAGAGAGCGACUGCUUGUUUGCUAUCAAUGAGGACGGUAUCGGGGACCCCAGCCCGAAAGAUAUGGAGAAGAUGAACCAAUAG